CCAUAUAUGUAUAGAUGCUAUACAUAAAAAUCUAUAUGUAGUUGUCGCUUGUUUGCGCGAUGCGCAAUAACCUCGAAAGCCACGACACGAAAACCAAAUUUCGGUGAUUAGAAAACAGAGAAACAAGAGUUGAAAAGUUAGGUUUUAAUUAAAAAGAAUAAAAGUAUGAAUGAUUAUGAAAUGGACGAAAAUAUGCCGCAAAGAAGAGCUACAUGUGAAAUUUCGAAUGGUUUGAUAAGUUGGAGAGUAUGCAGUACUCCCGAUUAUCGGAAUACCCCAAACGUCAAAAAAAUGUCAGUGGAUUCAGGAUUGGAAAUGAACAGUAAUUCGAACGGCAGUAAUGUAAUGCCGAACGAAAAUGGAACAUCAAAUUUUACAAUACCAAUUCCCUUCGGAAAUUUAAUGGAGAUUCAAACAAGCCAGUCUUCACGUCGGUUCAACGAUGGAAACAACGAAACAACUGAGACAAUCGAAGAAAUAGAUCAACCAGCUUCUUCAUUGUCUGAGGAUGUAUCUGAAUGGGGAAGAAAAUCGUUUGACUGGGAAAGUCAACGGUGCUUACAAAUCCGUAACAGGCUCAAACCCCAUGCAACGUCCCUGGGACAUAUACAGAGAACAUUUAGAAUUCCUGCCAAGCAACGCUUAACUCGCCGAGAAAUUUCGAAGAAACAAUUGUUAGAAACUAUAAAUGCUAGCCGUGAACUACGACUAUGCUUAGCUGCAAGUGUCAAUCAUGUUGAAUACGUCGAACGUAUGUUGAGUUUCGGUGUAUCACCAAAUUGCAGAGAUUCUACAGGACGCACACCCCUUCAUAUUGCAGGUCACAGAGGAUAUUCAGCUAUUGUGGAUCUGCUGCGAAAGUACGGCGCCGAUGCCAAACUUGGUGAUGUCGCAGGCACAUCACCGCUGCAAGCCGCGAUCACUUGUGGCGAUAAACCAUCGAUUACAUUUGUGAACGAGGCCGUUGUAUGUCAACCAAGUUCGAGAUUUAGACUGAAGAUUAUUGCUCCAGGUUCUGAUUCCAAUACGAAUGAUUUCGAGACUCAAGCUAACGAUAAAAAUGUUGCUGCAAGUCUAGAUGUUGACGCUCCUUGGUCUAAUAGUAGUCAAACGUUCGAUCAACAGGUUGAAGCUUUGAGUAAAGUUUGCUCAAGGCUUUCAUUCUCAAAUACCACUGAUGGAUGUCAAAGCUCAUCCUAAACGUGGGUUCGAAAAUCCACGAAUCACGUUUAAAAAGCUAAAAUACACUAUUGAAAACAAGUAAUGCUGCGUCAUUUCUUUACAUUGUCGCGUUAUUUUUAUUUUCUCUUCUCGUUUUUUCAACAACAAGAACGUUUUUAUCGUCGUUUUUAUGAAUUUAUAUUUCUAUCUCAUUUUUUUCGGAUAUUCAAUGGAUUGCUUCAUGAAAAGAAUACAAGAUUCAGUGAAUUAUGCGAAACAUAUUAUUUCAAAAAAAAGCAAAAGCCAGAUCGUCAAGAUAUAAAAAGAAUUUAUUUGGUAUCUGAAUAGACUGAGAGAUAACUAGAAUCUCCAGCUGAAUAAACAUAUAUACAUAGCACAAUUACUGUCAAAUCAUCCAUGAAGACUGUCAAUGACGUUGAAUAAUGGUUUGAUAAAAACUUCAAACGCUGUAUAUCGUUACGUGAGUAUUUUUUUUAAAAAAACGUAAUUGUUUGAAAUAAUUCACUAACAAUAAAUAACGACAACGAUUGAAAUUUGAUGAUAUCGAAGUUAGCGAAUUUGAAAGAUAAGAACAAAAAAACUAAAUCCUACGUAUUUUGCUACUUUUUUUCGUCGAUCUCCUUAUAAGGUUCUCAUUUUAAUGAUUUUCAUGAGAAAUUCAAAUUGUUUGAACUACAACUGCCGAUUAGCCAUACAUAAAUUGUAGAGUUUGAGCUUAAACACGUUUGAAUGUAAGACAAAAACCCAAAUAAUCAGACAGUAUAUAUGAGCCCAAAAAUAAUUAUAUCCGACGGUUUGCCACCGUCAUUAUGCACGAAUGUAUGUAUAUAUGUAUAAAUAAAACCACAAGUAACAGAUACCACUUUGAAGAGGUAACUGUUCAAAGAAAUGAUUAAUUACAGUAUGAAUAUUCGAUGAAUUCUGUCUCUAUUACGUGAGAAAUAAGCUAUUUCGAUGAACGGAUUGAAUAAAAUCUCAUGCAAUAUGCAAAAAAAGCAAUGACAUAAAAGAAUACCGAAAGUUGUAACCUACAUUAAUCAAUGAAGUAAUUAACCGAAUGAAGUAGUAAUACUGAGAGAUUCACGACUGAAGAAAAGAUUGAAUUUCAACAGCUCUCCCAAGCAAUCAACAAGUUGUCUUUUUUUGCAAAAAUCGUAAUGUUUUCAUUUACUUUUACAAUUGCAUUUUUAAUCUUAAAAACGGAAAUAAAAGUUCACAUGGAACUGCAACGACGCAGCACUUUGAACAUUCCAAAAUAUUUUUAGCUCAAAAAGUUUAAACAAUAAACACCAUCAUAUAGUCGAUAUUGCGAGGAAUUUAAACGGCUGAUUUGUAAAUUGAAAACUAUGCCAAAAUAAAUCGUCUACUGUCAUGACUGUCAAAAAAGAAAUAAAAAUAAAGCAAUCGUUUUUUUAAUCUA